GCCGAAGCUCAGACUAACUCGACGUGUAAAAUGGUUCCUUUCUGAAAUGUAUCUCGUUUAAAAUGGCUCGUGCCUUAGCGACUGACCCGAUCAAUGAACUUGAAGAAAAUCUACAAUGUAAUGUAUGUCUGGAAGUACUAACAGACCCCAGAACCCUUCCUUGUUGCCAUUCGUUCUGUAAAGAUUGUUUGGAAGACGUUGUGGAAACAUUGCGUGGCAAAGCACCUCGCGGUCGACCUAUUCGAGAAUUUCCAUGUCCAAAUUGUCGUGCAACGUUUAUACUCGAUCCCGACAAACAUGUCGCCGACAUGCCACGGAACCAUUUCAUCUGUAACAUGGUAAAAGCGACGGCCGUACUCGAUCGUGGAAUCGGUGUUCCUUGCUCACAUAAUUGUAUUCAAAGCUACUCGGUCGCUCGUUGCGUCACCUGUGAAAAAUUCCUGUGUCGAGAAUGUCUGACAGGCCACGACAAUUAUCGAGGCAACAACGGUCAUUCUGUUCUAACGAUGGAAGAGUUAUCGAAGCCAGAGAAUCGCAAGAAAAUCAACGACAAAAUGUAUUGCAAUGAACAUUCGGGCAAGAAAUUGAAAGUUUACUGCGAAACCUGCGACCAACUGAUUUGCAGGGACUGCAUGGAUUUUAAACACGUCAAGCAAGGUCAUUCGUGUGUUCUCGUCAAGGAUGUAGCGAACAACUAUAAGGAACUUCUUGCUUCAAAUGGCAAAGCAAUGGAAGACGCUUUAACUGAAGGCAAUGCAUUUCUCAAAAGAUUAACGCUGACGACACAACAACUUGAUCGCGAUGCUGAAAAUGCCAAAAAUAAAAUUGCACAAAGAAAAGCAUUCGUGGCGAAGAAAGUCAUUGAAAUGUUGGAUCAAAAAGCCGAAAGUCUUUGUAAAAAAGUUGAUGAAAUUCACAAAGGCAAACGAGCCAAUUUGGACAGACAGGCAGAAGAAGCAAAGUUACAUGUAGAGAAUAUAAAAACGUCUGUUCAACUUUCAAAAAAAUUGGUCGACCAAGGCACAGAAGAAGAAAUAAUUUCCUCUCAGAAAAUGAUGCUGGAUAACGCAAAUAAUCUCCUAACAAAUCGCGAAGAGUAUUUCAAAGCACCUAUACCCGUUGCAAAAUUGAACUACACUUCCUCUACUAGCAAAGAACCAAUAAACGAAGAGAUUUUGAGAGGACUGGCAAACAGUUUAGGAGAGGUGAAUGAAGAGAGGGAAGAUAUAGUAGGUAAUGAUAUGGAGGGCGAUGGGGACUGGGGCCCAAAAGGGAGAGUGCAAAAGGAUCUGAUUUACGAAAUUUUAAAGAAAUGUGUUAUGUUCCUAUAUAGACAGAUACUAGGAUAG